UUUUCUUGAACCGUAUCAUCCGGGCACUGUUCACUAGGAUUUAGCCGCGUGGGGAGGUCGCCAUAUUUACUGUAACGAAGGCUUGUUGACGAUUGACAAUGGAGAAUACUGAGGGUAUUCCGUUGCGACGGCCGUUUGAUCCAGCCGCUCACGAACUGGAUGCGAGUUUCCGACUCACAAAAUUUGCUGACCUGAAGGGAUGAGGGUGUAAAGUCCCUCAAGAGGCCUUGGAGAAGCUUCUUGAGGGACUCCAACAGGACAGCAAUGCCCAAGAGUCGGAGCAGUCGCAAUUCCAGUACAUGGCGGCCGCACCAAGAAUUGGCAUUGGUAUGGAUGCAUCAGUUACUCCCCUAAGACAUGGUGGUUUGUCUUUGGUUCAAACAACAGAUUUUUUCUACCCACUAGUGGACGAUCCUUAUAUGAUGGGAAAGAUUGCUUGUGCCAAUGUGCUGAGUGAUUUGUAUGCUAUGGGUGUGACGGACACUGACAACAUGUUAAUGCUGCUUGGUGUUAGUAACAAAAUGACAGAAAAAGAGCGAGACAUUGUGGUUCCCAUGAUGAUGCGAGGCUUUAAGGACUUGACAGAGGAAGCAGGCAGUUCAGUGACUGGAGGUCAGACGGUCAUUAACCCAUGGAUGACCAUAGGGGGCGUGGCUACCACAGUCUGUCAGUCAAACGAGUUCAUCAUGCCUGACAAUGCUGUUGUGGGUGAUGUCCUGGUUUUGACUAAACCUCUGGGUACACAGGUGGCUGUGAAUGCUUACCAGUGGUUAGAUCAACCAGAGAGGUGGAACCGAGUGAAACUGGUUGUGACAGAAGAUGAUGUGAGGAAGGCAUACCAGAGAGCCAUGUUUAGCAUGUCAAGACUCAACAGAACAGGUGCCCGUUUGAUGCACAAGUACAAUGCCCAUGGUGCUACAGAUGUGACAGGAUUUGGCUUACUGGGUCAUGCUAAAAACCUGGCUAAGAUUCAAAAGAACGAGGUCAGUUUUGUUAUCCACAAUCUCCCCAUCAUAGCCAAGAUGGCCUCCAUCAGUAAGGCAUGUGGAAACAUGUUUGGGCUGCUCCAGGGACACUCUGCAGAAACUUCAGGUGGGUUAUUAAUGGCAUUACCAAGGGAACAAGCUGCAGCAUUUUGUAAGGAUAUAGAAAAACAAGAGGGCUACCAGUCAUGGAUUAUAGGCAUUGUAGAGAAGGGCAACCGCACAGCCAGAAUUAUUGACAAACCUCGAGUGAUAGAAGUGCCGGCUAAGGACAGAGAUGGGGAACUAUGGUAGUGUCUGAAAAUCAUAAAGACUAAUAGUUUACUGAAUUAUAUACUUGGAUAACAGAAAAUCUCUCUUGGAAACUAAAUUUGCUUAUAUUUUAAUUGAAAUUAAAAAAAAAAGAUUCAUGAAAUAAGGUUAAGCUAAACAAUAUCAGAAAACUGAUUUUUUUUUUUUGUUGAAGUUUGAAACAAAAUCAAUGUUUUGUAUGAUUUUUUUUUUCUUUUGUGAAAAAUUUUGUUUGAAAUAUAUUGUUGACUUUGUUAUUGUUUUUAAAGUUCACAAUUCUCAUUUCUCAAUCAUGAUCGUAAUUAAUCUUGAAAAAUUAAUUGUAAAAAGAUCAAUUAUGUUAAGCUGUACCUAGCUGGAGGGUUUAGCUUCAUCAUUGUCACUUAAACGCUUGUAAAUAUUCUGAUCUUAUUCAUGAAGCUGUUUGAAGAAAAAAACAGAUGUUUAAUCAACAGUGGAAUAUUUCUUGUAUAGAAUUUAGAAUUUUUACAAGUGUGAAGUGAAGAAAUCAUUUAAAAAUUGUUCACUCCCAUUCUUCAUCCAUUCAUAAUAAAAAGUUAUCAUUGUA